UGCAAUCGAAUAUUGAAGAUUUUGCGGCUAAAAUUGUUUCCCUCAUUUUCUGCGUUUUUCUGUCCUGUAUUCAUUUUAAGCGUAAUGUUUAUGGUUGUUUUUACUAAAUAAUCCAUCAUAGAUUACCUUUCCUCUAAGACGGCUUUCGAAAAAGUGAAGAUCUAAACGUAAAACAUCUUUAAAGGUUGCUCCAAACCUCUUUUUUGCGGGUUGUUUAAUUUAAUUCAAAAUGUCCACACGGCCGCGACGAGCAGCAGCUAGUAAACAAAAACUGGUGGUGGUUGAGCUUUCCGACUCGGAGGCAGAUGUUGAGUCCCAGGAGGCGGAUGAGUACAGGCCUCGAGACGCGAAUAACCGCAGGAUAGAUCGCGCUGCAGAUGGCUUGGCCGCCGGCUUAAGUCGCAAGCGUUGGCCCUCCUCGAAGAAUGCUGCUGCCGAAGGACCGGCUCCCAAGAAGAAGCGCUCCAAAAAAGGGAAAGAGGACGAGAACGCCUGUCCCAACGAGUCCAAUCCAGAGCCGCAAAACGAGGCACCUCCGCCUGCGAUAACACAACCAGAUGUAGCCGCUGUCAGGCCUUCGACUACAGGACGCAGUUCGUUCUGGGAGCGCCGCAAGGUGUGGAACAUCCACGAACUGCUGGCCGAGACGGAAAAUAUCCAGCCGCAGGCAGCCAGGAACAUUGUGCAGCUGUUUGAGAACGAAAACACCAUUCCCUUCAUAUGCCGCUACCGACGAGACCUAGUAGACCACAUAGCACCCGAUCGCCUGCGAGACAUUCGGAACACCUACACAGAUAUCGUGGAUCUGAGGAAGAAGGCCGAGAACAUAGUCAGUCAGUUGGAGCGCGAAAACGUGCUCAAUGCAGACAUUCGGGACGAGCUGAUGUGCGCGAAGACCAACGAGGAACUGGAGUUUCUUUACGCCCCCUACAAGCCGGCCAGCAAGGGCACCUUGGCGGAGCGGGCCAAAGCCCUGGGCCUGGAGGAGUACGCCGACUGCCUGCUCUACGGCUCAGCCCCCAAAGUAGAAAUCGGAUCGAUUGUGGCCCCGGCAAACGAGGGCUUGGCCACGGAAGCCCUAGUAAUCAGUGGAAUCUGCAACAUUAUAAUACACAAAAUCAGCAAAAACACCAAUGUUUUGGAGGAGAUCCGGAGAUUACAAAAUGUCCAUCGCGUGUUUCUCAAGUGCAGCAAGACCAAGGAGUCGGCGUCGUCCUCCAAAUCAGGUUCCAGCAAAGCAAGCAGCGGCAAGGGAGCCAGCGGCAUUGUGGACAAAAAGCUGGACAGCUCAAAGUUUGAGAACUACUUCAACUUUCAGGGUGACAUCAAGACCAUUAAGCCGUAUCAGAUGCUGGCUAUCAAUCGUGGCGAAAAGCACAAGUUCCUCUCGGUUAAAGUGGAGACCAGCGACUAUCUUAAGCGGGAUCUGAUGCGCUUCAUAACGGAUCAGUACAUGACGGAGGGUCUGCAGUAUCCGCUCCGGAGGGAGAUCUUCACGAAAUCCCUGGAAGAGUGCUAUUCAAAGAAGUUGCAACCUUUGAUGUGCCGGCAGAUCAGAGCUGAUCUCAAGGAGAAGGCCCAGAAGGCAGCCAUCGAUGUGUUCGCCAAGAACCUGAAGCAGCUGCUGCUGAUGUCCCCCUUGAAGGGCGAACGCAUCCUGGGCAUCGAUCCGGGUUAUACCAAUGGCUGCAAGCUGGCCGUGAUAUCCGAAACAGCGGAUGUGUUGGACACGGGCGUUAUCUAUCCACACGGUGCCAGGGCCAAUAGGCGGGCCGCCGAGCAAAAGCUGGUUAAAUUUCUCUCCGAGCACAACUGCCAAAUCAUUGCCUUGGGCAAUGGAACUGCCUGCCGCGAGACUGAGCACUGGCUGACAGACAUGUUCCACUCCGGAGUUCUGGACAGCCGCAGCAUCCGCUACAGCAUAGUCAACGAGAACGGCGCUUCUGUUUACUCCUGCAGCGAUGUGGCCACCAAGGAAUUCCCUAAUAUGGAUACCAACGAACGGAGUGCAGUUUCCAUAGCACGGCGCCUGAACGAUCCGCUGAGUGAGUAUGUGAAAAUAGAACCGCGUCACCUGGGCGUGGGCAUGUAUCAACACGAUGUGUCUGAGAAGACCCUGACGGAAUCGCUGAAGGACGUUGUCUCCGAGUGUGUGAGCUAUGUGGGCGUGGACCUCAACACCGCCAGUCUCAGUGUGCUCAAGCAUAUUGCUGGACUGUCGGAGAAGAAGGCGGAGAAGAUCAUAGAGUAUCGGUCGCAGAAGGGGUCGUUCAAGACUCGCAAGGAUCUUCUAUCAGUGCGAACUAUAGGCGAAAAGUCAUUCGUCCAGUGCGCAGGCUUUGUGCGUAUCGAGCCGCUGAGCGUUGGUGGGCGUCUGCAGAAUCCCCUGGACUGCACCUGGGUUCAUCCCGAAAGCUACAAAGUGGCGGACAGUAUUGUGGCGGAAUGCGACAUGAAGCUGACGGACAUAGGCAAGGCCAGCUUUAUAAAACGUAUCAAGGAGUUUGCCGCCUCGCAGGCCAACCUCGACCGUAUGGCUGUGAAGCACAAGUUGCCCAAGGAAAGGUUGGAAUUCGUGCUGAUUGCUCUGCAGCGCGAAUUGCUGCAAGAUUAUCGUGCCGAUCUGGACAAGCGGCCGCUCUUCAAGCAGGGCCUCACACGGCUGGAUGAGCUCAGUAUGGGCGAUGUGGUGACCGGAGCGGUGACUAACGUAACCCAGUUCGGCGCCUUCGUGGACGUCGGCGUGGAGCGCGAUGGGCUGAUACACAAGAGCCACAUGAGCAACAGUGAGCUAAGCAUCGGCGAUCGCAUUGUGGCAUCGGUGGUAAAGGUGGAUUUGCAGCGACGUCAGUUGGGUCUGCGGCUGGAGAACAUGCUGGAGGAGACGGACACGUCGUUCACCUUUAAGGCGGAGCAGUAAAAACAAACGACUGGGUCUUUAUGCUUUUGGAAGUAUUUAAUGAGUCAUAUCGUAAUUGUUGGGUUGCUCACAGGAGCAUUCAUAUAUAUAUAUGUAUAUGUGUAUAUGCAUACAUAGUAUAACGGCUCUCCUAACUGUACUCAAAGCUUAUUGUUAGUAAUAAAUGUUCACAUAAAAA